UGUUUUCUCUCCCGUCAUCCAUUUCCUUUUUCCCUCCACAGCUCCCGCUCGCCCGCCCGCCUGCAAUUCUACUUCCCCAGUCGCGGAGUUUGUUCCUGGCAUUAGUUCGAGUUUGUCUCGGUCCAUCUGCACAUCAUCCCAUCAGCUGCUGUUUCCUGUGUUGCGCGCGGUGCCUGAGUGGCAUUCAUAACAUGACCUGAGCAAAGUGCGCCUUCACCAGUCAGUUGUGUCUGCUGGGUCUGGGUCUCUAGCUCUUAAGAAAACACGCAACCAGACAGACAACCACAACCCACGAUGGAGUGGUUGUCAGAGUUCCACACCCACUUGUGGAAAAGGGCAGCGGAAGAAUGGAACAGGAACAGCGUCAAGUUAACCCUGACAAACAACUCACUUCCCGGUCAACAAAUAUCACUAACCCAAACACCUCGCUCACCACCACAACAGAACGAAAGCGAUGACAGCAGAGUCGGCUCCGCCCGCGAUGGCUCAUCCGGCGGCACCCUCUCCCAUUCCGGCGGCAACAACAAGGACCCAGCGUCAUUGAGCGCCCUCGGUAGCACCUUUGUGCCUGUCCUCGUCUACGCGGUCAUUUGUUUGCUCAUCUUCUUCACGUGUCGGAGGACGAGUACGAGAACUUAUGCGCCUAGGACCAUUGCACAACUGCGCGAGCCAGAGCAUCCGGCUCCGAAGCUGCCCAAUGGGUGGAUUGACUGGGUUAAGCCGUUUUGGCAGAUUGAUGAUGAUUAUAUCCUCAAUAAUUGCUCCUUGGACGGAUAUUUGUUCCUCAGGUUCUUGAGGAUCUUGUCGGUUAUUUGCUUUGCUGGGUUGGCUAUUUCGUGGCCGAUCUUGCUGCCCAUCAAUGCGACGGGAGGGAAUGUGCAGAGGCAGUUGGAUAAGUUAACGAUGGGCAAUAUCAAGCUUCCAAGCAAAUACUAUGCGCAUGUGGUGGUGGCUUGGUUGUUUUUUGGUUUUGUGCUGUUCAUGGUCUGCCGAGAAUGCAUCUACUACAUCAACUUACGCCAGGCAUACCUGCUGUCGCCGAACAUGAGCAAACGAUUAUCGGCUAGGACGGUCCUGUUUACGUCUAUCCCGAAGCCAUAUCUGGACGAGGCAAAGCUACGAAAGCUGUUCGGCGACUCAGUGAAGAACAUCUGGAUCCCGAAGAACACCAACUACCUCCGUGGCCUAGUGGAGGACAGAGACGACGUGGCGGAACGGUUGGAAAAGGCGGAGAUCGAACUCAUCAAGAAGGCAAAUACAGUCCGGAUGAAGAACAUCAAGGAAGAAAAGGGCGCGCCACCAUUCGCGGACGAACUCAGAACCGACAACCCCCAAUCUUCGAAGACAUCAUCCUUCUCCUUACCCGACUCAAACGAAUCGACACAAGAUGGCAAUCUGGAAAAGGGGAUCAAAACUGACCCAGUCCGAAUCCGCAUGUCCGAACGACGAACGGAAGCGCCUCCCAUUCCCGUUGACGAGACCGAAACCCCAGCCCUACCCGGCGAAGACCCCGGCGCCCCCAAAAAGUCCGAAGACGACGACCUCGGCCCCGAAUAUCAACACCCCUACGGCUACCCCGCUUCCCUCCCGGAUGUCCGCGGCUCUGUCGCCGCCAUCUUCCUCCGCGCCGACGACCGCCCCCAUCAUCGACCUCUGCACAACUUCGGCCGGCGCGUCGACACCAUCCGCUGGACACGGGCCCGCCUGAAAGUCCUCAACCGCGACAUCUGGAAACUCCGCCGGAAAUUCCGUUCGGGAGACGGCCAACCCCUUUCAUCCGCCUUCAUCGAAUUCGACUCGCAAGCCUCCGCCGAAGCCGCCUACCAGAUUUUAGCUCACCACCAACCGAUGCACAUGUCCCCGCGCUACAUCGGCGUCCGACCAGAACAAGUCAUCUGGUCUUCCCUCAGAAUCCGCUGGUGGGAGCGAAUCAUGCGUCAGUUCCUCAUGCUCGCUCUCGUCGUGGUCGCCAUCAUCUUCUGGUCCAUCCCCGCCGCCGCCGUCGGCAUCGUCAGCAACAUCGACUUUUUGUCCGAAAAGGUGCCCUUUCUGUUUUGGAUCCCCUUGUUGCCCAAGGUCAUUCUGGGCGUCAUCAAGGGCUUGUUACCCGCUCUGGCGCUGAGUAUGUUGAUGGCUAUUGUACCCGCUGGACUGAGAGUCUGCGCUAGGAUAGCGGGCUGUCCGUCGCAUGCGCUGGUCGAACUGUAUUGCCAGAGCGCGUACUUUGCUUUUCAGGUGAUUCAGGUGUUCUUGAUAACGACCAUCACGUCCGCGGCGUCGGCGGCGAUCAUUGAUGUUAUUAAGAAACCACUGUCGGCGCCGGAUCUGCUGGCGCAGAAUCUGCCCAAGGCUAGCAACUUUUACUUGUCGUACAUCUUGGUGCAGUGUCUUGGUGCGGGCGCAGGCAAGCUGGCGAAUGUGGGCGAUUUGUUCCGACAUGAUGUGGCGAGCAAGUUCGCGGUUGAUCCCAGGAAGGCGUAUCACAGAUGGAGGAAGUUGACACCGAUUCAUUGGGGAGCUGUUUAUCCGCGGUUUACGAACAUGGGGGUUAUCGCGCUGGCGUAUUCGUGCAUCAGCCCGUUGAUUCUGGUGUUUGCUGGGUUUGGGAUGCUGUUCGUCGGCGUGGUUUACCGGUAUAGCCUCAUCUACAUCCAUGACGACUCGCAGCUGGAUACGAAGGGGCUGCUCUACCCAAGGGCGCUGCUACAUCUUAUGGUCGGACUCUACAUCGCCGAGAUCUGUCUCAUCGGCCUGUUUGCGCUCAAGAAAGCCUUCGGCCCUAUGCUCCUCAUGAUCCUCUUCUUCGGCUUCUGCGCCAUCACGCACUACUCCCUCAGCUCAGCUCUUUCCCCUCUCCUCGCCAGCUUACCUCAAACCCUCGCCUUGGAAAAACAACACGGCCAAAUCGCCGAAGACGGCGACGGCGACGACCACAUCAUCCCCUCCCAACCCACCCCCGGGCCCGGCGGUCUAGCAGCCGACUACUACAACGACACCUCCAUGUCAACCCCAGGCAUCCCCGCCGAAGUCAUCGGCGGCUCCGCAGCAGACUACUACGCCUCCACCUCCUUCGACUACUCCGACCCCUCCACAGACGACCCCGAACCCCCCGGCCUCUACGACGACGACCUUGACGGCCCCGACAGCCGCAUGCGCGGUCUCGAAGGGUCCUCCUCCAUCCGCCACUCCCUGACGCAACUCGCCAAAACGACCCUAAAAUCCCAACUAUCAACCCUCAAAGCCUCCGCCAACGGCACGGGCCCACCAGGCCGCCUUUCUCCCCUAACCCGCUUCCUGUAUCAAAUCCACCGCUUCCUCACCCCGGAUCCGUCCAUCCAAAACCCAAAUCUUAUCCAGCGCUGGCUUCACCCUUCCGUCUACGCGGAUUUCCGGACCCUCGCAAAAAAAGUCGGGAACGGACCCGGGCCGGAUGACUGGAACUUGCCGAGGGGGUACGAGAAUAAGAGGGGGUAUUACCCGCCGGAAAUGUGGAAGCCGGCGCCGAGGUUGUGGAUACCGAAGGAUGGCGGGAGAGUGUCGAGGCAGGAGGUUAGACAUAAUAGGGAGGCGGGGGUUUGGUGUGUGGAUUUGGGGUGUUGGUUGGAUGAUGGGGUUGGGGAGGCGCCGUGGGAAAACAGGGCAAAGGGGGAUAAGGAGGGUAAGGAUAGGGAGGGAAGUAAGGAUGGGGAGAAGGAGGAUGGUGGUGAAAAGGGAAUAAUAGACGGGGACAAGGUAGCGCAGGAGGGGAAGAAAGUGAAGGGGAUAUGGAAGGGGGUAUUAGGGAAGGAGGCAAAGAAGGCGACGGGGAGAGUCAGGCCGGGUAGGGUGAGGGUGAGGUUUAACGUUGAGUAUGGCCCGAUGGGCGAGGAGAGGUGGUUGUUCUGAUGAGAUCACAUGGAAUACCUCUACGCAACUAAUGACUUGGAAAGGAUUGGGAGGGCGGUUUGACUUUGGAUACCAGCUAUUGAUAAUGAUCUUGGGAAAGGGAGUAAUGAUGUUACCUAGCAAUGAGUACAUAGAGAUGUUAAUCUGUAGAUAAUGUAUAGUUCUCUCGAUCCAGCGUCGAGUUCAUUG